AUGAACGGGUCCCAACCACCAUGGAGCCGCGACGGCUGGAGUUUCGCCCCGCUCGAUCUGUCUCAGAUCGAGAUACCGAACCCACCUCAGAAUUCUUCUGUUGUUCCAGCGACCAACAUCUCAGUCGUCACACCUGCCAUCCGGGGCCGCAUCGAAUGCAGCCCAUAUGAAAACCUGAACAACUUAUCAGCCUGGGUCACAGAGCGGGAUCUGACAAACACAUCACUAUGGAACGCCAGCUCGAAUCCGCACAAAAUCACGACCGCAUACGAACUAGGCGAGCUAACCUACGUCGGAUCAGACCUGGCGUACCCGAACUUCUUCAACACAUCCAUCUUAGCCGACGACUCGACGCCCACAUGCUGCGAGAACGGCAGCACCAACAGCUGGCCACCCAAAGGCGCCGCCAUCGGCAACUGGUCGCCCGACCGCGGCACCACGUUCGAGCCGCCGUUCAACUUCACGACCAAAUACAUCUGGGGCAACCACUUCUCCGCGGACCUCAUCACCGACAACAUCUACACCAGCCGCACGCGCUUCCUGUUCACCGAGGUACCGCAGGUGCAAGCGCUGAAGUGCAUGCCCAUCAUCGAGAAGAGCUCCGCCAACGUGACCGUCGACCGCCAAACGGGCAACGUCGCCAAGUUCGAAAUUCUCGAGCCGCCAUCGAGCGCGGAUGAGGCGUGGAGCUACAACUUCGUCAACUACGGCGGCCGCGACGAAGUGAAAGAUCCGACGGCGCCGUCGAACGUCACCGUCAGCUACGGCAUCCUCUUCCUACUGUCCAUGCUGCGCGCCGCGUCCAUCAACGGCUACACGGGCUGGGACUUCGACACUGUGGCAGAGAACACGGAUGACAUGACGUUCAACUUCCGCGACCGCGAGCGCGGGCUGAACUUUGACUUGAUGACGUACGCCAUGUACACGCUGGCCUCUUCGUCCUCCUCCUCCUCCUCCUCCUCCCCCUCGUCCCCCUCGUCCUCGUCCCCCUCCUCGUCCCCUUCCUCCGCCUCGGUCGACCCCCACGCCCUCCUCAACCCGCACACCAUGCUCUCCACCGCCCAAACAACCUUCACAACCUUCUUCCAACACUUCGUCUCGAGCAACCUCUCCGCCACGACCCUGACCGCCGGCAGCUGGGCCUGGCAGCCGCUCGCCGCGACGCUGCCGGGCUGUCUGUGGAACUACACGGGCGCGACGUGCGCUGACCCGAUCGCGUGGCCGACGCAGCAGCCGCCGACGGAGCGCGCAGCGGAGGUAGUGGCGGCGACGCGGAUAAGCUUGUUGCGGAUGAACGAUGUUGCUGUUUGGUUGGCCGUCGCGAUCUUGGGCUGGCUGGUGGCGACGACGGGGGUGGUGGGGGUGGUGGGGCGGCGCGGGUAUUGGGGGCGGUUGAGGGGGGAUGUGGCGUGUGUUGCGGAUGUGUUGAUGCUGGUGGCGGGGAGUGGGGGGUUGUUGGGGGUGGUGAGGGAGGGGGGAGGGGAGGUGGUGACGAGGUUGGGGUGGUUUGGGGGUGGUGACGGUGGUGGGGAGGCGAGAUGGGGGGUUGAGGUCGUUGACGGGCGGGAUGAGGAUUGA